UCCAAGGCAUUCCUUGCUCACAAUGUAUAGAACAAAAGUCAGUUUGAAAGACCGUCAGCAACUUUAUAAACUGAUAAUUAGUCAGCUGCUCUAUGAUGGAUACAUAAAUAUUGCCAAUGGCUUGAUAAAUGAGAUAAAACCACAAUCAGUCUGUGCACCAUCCGAACAACUGCUGCACCUAAUUAAGUUAGGAAUGGAGAACGAUGACAGUGCUGUUCAAUAUGCAAUUGGAAGGUCAGAUACGGUAGCUCCAGGCACGGGAAUUGACUUGGAAUUUGAUGCAGAUGUACAGACCAUGUCUCCUGAGGCUUCUGAAUAUGAGACUUGUUAUGUCACAUCUCAUAAAGGACCAUGUCGCGUAGCUACGUAUAGCAGAGACGGACAGUUAAUAGCUACAGGAUCUGCUGAUGCCUCAAUAAAAAUUCUUGAUACAGAGAGAAUGUUGGCCAAAAGUGCUAUGCCUAUCGAGGUCAUGAUGAAUGAGACAGCACAGCAAAACAUGGAAAAUCACCCCGUUAUUCGAACUCUGUAUGAUCAUGUGGAUGAAGUUACGUGUUUAGCUUUUCAUCCAACAGAACAGAUUCUAGCAUCUGGUUCAAGGGACUACACACUUAAAUUGUUUGAUUAUUCAAAACCUUCUGCCAAAAGAGCCUUCAAAUACAUACAGGAAGCAGAGAUGUUGCGCUCAAUUUCUUUUCACCCUUCUGGAGAUUUCAUACUUGUUGGUACCCAGCACCCUACCUUACGACUGUAUGAUAUCAAUACUUUCCAAUGUUUUGUGUCUUGCAAUCCUCAAGAUCAGCACACUGACGCUAUAUGUUCAGUAAAUUACAACGCAAGUGCGAACAUGUACGUGACAGGAAGUAAGGAUGGAUGCAUCAAACUGUGGGAUGGUGUUUCAAAUCGCUGUAUCACUACUUUUGAGAAGGCGCAUGAUGGAGCUGAAGUCUGUUCUGCUAUUUUUUCCAAAAAUUCAAAGUAUAUCUUGUCAAGUGGAAAAGACUCUGUAGCUAAACUCUGGGAGAUAUCCACUGGUCGAACACUGGUCAAAUACACAGGAGCUGGUUUGAGUGGACGACAAGUACACAGGACACAAGCUGUCUUCAACCACACAGAAGACUAUGUGCUGCUUCCUGAUGAAAGGACCAUAAGUCUCUGCUGCUGGGAUUCCAGAACUGCUGAACGGAGAAAUCUUCUUUCUCUUGGGCACAACAGCAUUGUCCGUUGUAUCGUCCAUUCUCCCACCAAUCCUGGCUUCAUGACCUGCAGCGACGACUACAGGGCUCGAUUUUGGUACAGGAGGUCGACGACGGACUAAGGACAGCUUUAUGAAACAGUGAUUAUCCAGAUUAAUUAUAUCAUCUUGUAUCGAUUGUACUGCCAACAGAUGCCUAGAUGAAAGCCGUGCUGUGUCUGGUUUUUAAUUCUGUCAAAUGUGGCAGAAAGAUAUCAAAAUACUGAGACUAAGUUUUGCCCCAUGCUAAUUUUUUUUAUUAGUGUGUGUGGCAUUAAUUUUUGUAAGUCAUCUCUAAUUGUACUCAAGGGGUGGGGGUGGGGGGAGAAUAAAAGGAUCCUUGCAGGAAGGAUUAAACUUGUUCUCCUGUCUUUGUAAAUCCCAUGAAAGAUAAUGUGACUGCAUCUUGCUCAAACUGGGCAGUGUGAGCCAGUUUUGCUCCGCAUUGUAUCUCUGCAAUCCCACUGAAGUCUGUUUAAAGAAUGGAUUACACAAGUGACUGCAGAACUUGGCAAAUAUUUUAAUGAAGCCUUAAACUGCCUUCAGUUCUGAUUCA